UCUUUUACUUGGUGACUGAUACCGCCACUCCGCCACAGCUGACAGCCGCCUCCCACUGAAAUACAAUUGGUGCCAGGCGCCUCAAUCUCAACCAUUAACAAGCACCAGGAGAUACCAUUCCUGAUGAUGAUUGCAACGAUUGCAACGAUUGCAGCAUAGCCAAUGUGAUCAUAAUUUCAAGUUAUUGUUUUCUCUUUAUUUGUUUUUCCUUUAUUGAAAUGUCGAAUGUCGUGCCUGUGAUGAGCUCACCUCUGUUGAGCAGCUCAAGUGCUUCCACUGGAGCACCAGGGAUGGAAACCGUCGUCGCUGUUGCUUUAGGAGCUCUUGCUGCAGUUUUCCUGGGGGCUUUGAUUGUCCUGCUGGUCAUUUGCAGGAGACAGCGGUGUUAUUACAAGCAGAAGGACUCAAAUGAUCUGAAUUCGGAUCUCCUAGAAGGCGAAAAUGGAUUGGGACUUGGAUUAGAUGUGUGGGAGGGGGAGGAGUGGCUUGCUGGGGCUGAAAGGUGGGUUGACGAUGCCACUGGCUUAGCUCCACCCUGCAUAGCUGUUUUGAGAUCUUGUCACUCAUUAGCUGCAAGUCUGACUGCAAUUGCUGGAACUGUAAACAGUAAUACCGUACCUCUGGAAAUAGUCGAUGUGGCAAGGCGCAUUCCCCCACGUGUAGAUGACGUAGUGCGCAGUUUGUAUCCACCUCUUGAUGCCCGACUCCUGGAGGCAAGGGUAGCAGCUCUAGUUCUUGCUGUGACUCACCUGGCACUCGUUACCAAACAUGGAGUUCCCAAGAGUCAGGCACGAAAAUUAGCAUUCAUCGAUCAGGCACUGCAGGAUAUGGACUCUCAUCUCCUCGUCCUCAGGAAUGCUGCACUCGCUCAGGAAACAUCUUGCAGUAUACCCGCUUCUACUCCAGUUUAAUCAUCGUCUCUGACAACAAUUAUUGAUCGUUGAUAUUAAGAAAAUGUGAAGAACUCUAUUAUACGGUGUAUAUAUCUUUAUUUUUUUUAUUAGAUGUUUAUGGAAUAUUCUUCCAAAUGAUCUGAACAAAUUGAUAAUGACAAAAACUAUCAGCGUCUUCCAAUUUUUAUACAGUAUUAUAUCCAGGAAUAUCCAGGCACUACUGGCAGUUUCCCGAAAUUUACCUGAAAAUAAAGAAUUGUAAAGGGUUCAAGUCUGGGAACCCUUAAAUAUGUAUUACGAUUGAAAUAGACGAAAUCAGAAUAAAAUAUGACAUUAUUUAAUGCUCUCUCAA